GGACGGGUGCUGGGUUCAUCCUGCUCCCCCUCCAGAGCCUCAGCUCAGGGCAGGCAGCGCGCGGGUCUGGGCAGGCGCCUCUGCUCACCUGCCAGAGCUGCCAUCCUGCGCCUCCUCCUCGCCUGUUCCCAGCCCUGGGUGGCUCCCAGUGCCCCGGGCUGUGGGAUCUGUCCCAGCCUUGUGGCUUCCUGGGGAAACCAAGGGCCCGCUGAGAGAAUUGGGGUGGUUUUACACCGCUCAGGAGACUUCCAGAGCGGCUCCGUUACAAAAGGAUGGGGUGAGCCAGGGCUCCCCAGCCUCCUGACCUCUGUUUUAAUUAAGAAACCUUGGGGGGCUGGGGAUAAUGAGGGUGCCCUGUGCUGGGCUGGGAGAAGAGGUGAGGCUGGUGGUGAUGAAGCACUGAGGGAGAAGCCACCAGCUCCUUCACUCCUUCCCCUCCAUCCUGUGCAGGGGGAAGUCCAACAUUUUUGGGUGCAGGACACACUUGCUGUGUGAUGAGGCUCCCAGGGGAAGCUGGUGUGGAUUCUCUGAGGUCUCGUACAACUACAUCCCGUGACCCAGCACCUCUGGGGAGGAUGGCAGGGGAGUGGUGUGGGUACCGUGGGGUCCUUGCUGGCCAGGAUCCUUGCCCGGGGUGUUGGCACCUUUGCAAGCAGGCAGCGGUGCCUCCCCUGCCCUGUCGGUGUGCCAGGGCUACCUGUGGCACCCUAUGCCCCUCCGACCCUACUCAGUCCCCUUCCCCAGCUGGCCUGCUGUCCCCAGCUUGCCUGGCACUGAGAUGGGACCUGACAGCUGUGUGCCUGCUGGUGCUUGGAGAUCACACCACGCUGAGCAUCCUUCCCGGGGGGCAGGUCUGUAUGCCCUGUCCUGCUCCUCCAGCAGUGCGAGGCUGGGGACCAGAGCUUCCCUGCCUCGCUCCCCAUCCUCAGGGACGAGCCAGAGGUGCUGGCAGGGUCACAGCCGGGGAAGGGGACUGCAGCAGGGUCUAAAGCGUUGCUGGCAGGGGACACUUCGGGGUGUGCGGAGUCCUCAGGGUCCCCCGGGAGACGGGGCCGUCCCCCCGCGCAUCCCCGCCGCCCAGGGCCGGGGCGGGCCGGGGCGGGCCGGGGGCGGUCGGAUGCCGGCCCCAUAAAAGCCCGGUGCCACGGCGGGCCGAGGGCGCGGCGGCGGGAUGCGGGCGGCCGUGGCGGUGUCGCUGUCGCUGUGCUGGCUCUGGGCGGCGGGGCACAGCCUGCCCCGGCUCCGCCUGUCCUACCGCGAGCUUUUAGGCACCAACCGCUCCGUGCCCUUCUUCGGCCACCGCGGCUUCCUGGGCUUCCGCUCCCUCUACCUGGACGAGUACCGCGACCGGCUCUUCAUCGGGGGCAAGGAUGUGCUCUACUCCCUGCUCCUGGACGGGGCCAGCGCAGAUGCCAAGGAGAUCUAUUGGCCGCCCCGCCCUGGGCAGACGGAGGAGUGUUUUCAGAAGGGGAAGGACCCAGGGACUGACUGUGCCAACUAUGUCCGUGUGCUGCAUCCCUACAACCGGACACACCUGCUGGCCUGCGGGACAGGCGCCUUCCACCCCAUGUGCACCUUCAUCUACGUGGGGCACCGUGGUGAGCACACCUUCAGCCUGGACGCUGCCAGCGUGGAGAGCGGCCGGGGCAGGUGCCCGCAUGAGCCCAGCCGCGCUUUCGCCAGCACCCUCAUCGGUGGGGAGCUGUACGCCGGCCUCACGGCGGAUUUCCUGGGACGCGAUCCCGGUGUUUUCCGCAGCAUGGGGACCCGCUCCGCCCUGCGCACCGAGGUGGACCAGCGCCUGCUCCACGAUCCCAAAUUUGUGGCAGCCCACUUGAUCCCAGACAACGAUGACCGGGACAAUGACAAAGCCUAUUUCUUCUUCACGGAGAAGGUGGUGGAGGCAGACAGCAAGGAGCACGCCAUUGUCAGCCGGGUGGGGCGUGUCUGCGUGAAUGAUGCUGGUGGCCAGAGGGUGCUGGUCAACAAGUGGAGUACCUUCAACAAGGCCCGGCUGGUGUGCUCAGUGCCCGGCCCUGGUGGCAUCGACACCUACUUUGAUGAGCUGGAGGAUGUCUUCUUGCUGAGGACGAAGGAUGGGAAGAGCCCGGAGAUCUAUGCCCUUUUCAGCACUGUCAGCCACGUUUUCCGGGGCUCUGCUGUCUGUGUGUACCGCAUGGCCGACGUCCGGGAGGUGUUCAACGGGCCCUUUGCCCACCGAGAGAGCCCCCAUCACCAGUGGGCUGCCUACGAGGGCAGGGUGCCCUACCCGCGCCCGGGCGUGUGUCCCAGCAAGACCACCAACCAGCCCCGGCGGCAGUAUGGCACCACCAAGGACUUCCCCGACGAGGUGCUGCACUUUGCCCGCGCUCACCCCCUCAUGUACAGGCCCGUGCAGCCCCGGCACCACCGGCCCCUCCUCGUGAAGACCGACCUGCCCCACCGGCUGCGCCAGCUCGUGGUGGACAGGGUGGAGGCCGAGGAUGGGCACCACGACGUCCUCUUCCUCGGCUCAGAUGCUGGCUCGGUGCUGAAGGUGGUGGUCAUGCAGAAGACGAGCCCAGCCGUGACUGAAGAAGUCAUCCUGGAGGACCUGCAGGUUUUUAAGAUGCCUGUGCCCAUCACCCAGAUGGAGAUCUCUGUCAAGCGUCAAACGCUCUACGUGGGCUCCAGCCUAGGGGUGGCCCAGGUACGGCUGCACCAGUGCGAGUCCUACGGCACUGCCUGUGCCGAGUGCUGCCUGGCCAGGGAUCCCUACUGCGCCUGGGAUGGCACUGCCUGCACCCACUCCCAGCCCUCCGGCAAGCGCCGCCACCGCCGCCAGGACGCCCACCACGGCAACCCUGCACACCAGUGUCUGGACCAGAACCUGACCGUGGACGAUUUUGAGAGCGUUGAGGAGAAGGUGCUUUACGGGGCAGAGGACAACAGCACCUUCCUGGAGUGCGCGCCCCGCUCCCCGCAGGCCAGCGUGCAGUGGUUCGUGCAGAGGCCGCCCGACGAGCAGCGCGAUGAGGUGAAGACGGACGAGCGGAUCCUGCAGACGGAGCACGGGCUGCUGUUCCGCAAGCUGCACCGGCGCGAUGCCGGCAUCUACUACUGCAAAACGCUGGAGCACGGCUUCACCCAGACCGUGGCCAAGACCGCCCUGCAGGUGAUUCCCAGCGAGCAGCUGGCACACGCCUUGCCCCGGGGACGAGGGGACGAGCUGCCACAGCUGCUCUGCCCCGAGCCCCGGCUGGUGCCACAGGCUCCCAAAACCUGGUUCAAGGACAUCAUGCACCUCGUCAGCUCCCAAAGCCCGCGGCGGGUGGAGGAGUACUGUGCCCGCCUCUGGUGCAGCAGCCGCCCUCACCACCGCAAGGGCAAACUGGCCCAGGCCAAGCUGGUCCUGGCUGGUGUGGAUGUGGCCAGGAAGGGACGGACGGCCAAAGGCCACAGCGAGAGGAACCGUGUGCCCCGGCACGCACCGGCCGCUUAGGGAGGGCAGGGUGACGAGCGGGGCAGCCGUGGGCAGGAGCCAGCUCCCUGUGCUGCUGGUGGCCCCGGGGGCCUCUUCACCUGGUGGGUGGCUUGCAGUGCUGCCAGCCCGCUCCCCCUGGCCGGAGUGGAUGGGCAGGUCCCUGUCACGCUCAGUGGCUGCAGGGUCACCUCACAGACAGGCGGUGAGGUGGGACACGCUGGCCCCCCUUGCUCUUGCAGGUGAUGUAGCAGGUGGGGGCUGUAAUCUCUGGGUGGGCUGGGGCACAGUGGCAUGGUGCCACACAGGCCAUGCUGUCACCCAGAUGCUGCCUGGAUCCCUCUGUCAAUGCUGGGGCCAUGUGUGGUGCCAUGGGGAGCGGUUGAUGGCUCCAGGCUCUUUCCACACCAGCACAGUGCCUGGGGAUGAUGAUGCCUGCUGGUAUGGUGGAAAGCCAGCAUCAUCCCAAAAAGCCUCUGUGUGCAGGAGGAGCUGUCACCUGCUGUGCCUGGGGCGCUGGAGCUGUGCUGUGCCACCCAGGGUGUUUCCUGGGGACAGGGCUCCUUCCUGCCUUCCCUUGGCUCUGGGACACACUCAGCACUGCCAGCUGUUCCUGGGUGCAGCUCCCCACCUUCCCUCUGUGCCCCACAGCCACGGUUUUAGGGCUGGACAGGGCUGGGGAGAAAACAAACGCCUGUGGGCAGGUUAGACCAGUUCCUGGGUAAACACUGGGAGAGGCACUCAUGCCACCACUGUCACUGUGCCCAGCUGGGAACAGGGACAGGCAGAAGGCAGCCCCAGCAGAGCCUGGGGAGCUGCACCACACCUGGGGUGGUUUCUGCUGGCUGGUGGCCCUGCAGGGCUGGGUGGGACACGGCUGGUUUGGGUGGGCUCCUGCUGCUGGCGGAGCUAACCCAGCACCCAGGGCCUCCCCCGAACCCAGGGCUUGGGGGUAGGUGCAUGGAGGGCACCUCCAGGCUGCCAGCAAGGUGCUCCUUGCUUUCCUCAGCCCCCAUGAGCUCACUCACUCAGGCCGGGGUGAUAAAGAUCUGCCCCUUCCUGAGGCAGGGCAGCCCCACACAAUGGUGUGAACCACGGCCCCGCCGGGACGGGCAUUGUUCAGAGCCGGAGGAACGGGAAAGACAAAUAAUAAUAAUAAUAAUAAUAAUUAAAGGGCCCUAAAUAGCUCACACAAAGCCAGGUUGUGAUA